GUAAUGAGACAAAAAGCUCAUGUGAAUGUGUGUGCUUUUCUAUCGCGGCGUGGACGUGAUGACUCGAAGCCGAAGCUGAAAGUUUAAAUCGCGCACGGUGGGGGCGAAAGCGGGGACUGGUGAAGAGCGACUUCUUUUGGCCAUUUGGUGCUCGCUCUUUGUUGUCGUAAAAUGUGAAGAGAUUCUGCUCGCCGUUUCAACCGCUUAGAAAUUACGCUCCAGCUCGCAACUUACAACUCAGCGGAGUUUUGUUUGCACUUGGAUUUUAUUGUCAAAAGGUAGAAAAUCGUGGAUUUGUCGUGCAGUGUGAUGAAGUAGCUUAGAUAUUAGAGUUUAAAAAAAUCUACUUCGGGACAAUCGUCACACAAUUUCUCUUUAUUAUUUUCUAUCAGACGCUUUCUAAUUGAAUUAGAGUGGAGCGACCAUUGGCUGUGACGAGGGCUGGUGCCCCCGCAUGGUUCUCCAGAAGCUCCUCCCCUAUGGCUUACAAUCAGUUGGGCGUGUGGACAACUACAUCUUAUAAGAGCCGCUGAAUAUCUCAUGUCCAGCCCAUAAUCUGACUUGAAAAUCCGUAGGUGAGGAGAACCUCCUUCCAUCAUUGGUAAAGGGAGGGAGGCGUGCAGGGACAGAAACAACCGGGCGCCGGUGCUUGUGUCGCCUCCUUGGCUGAGAUUCACUCUCCUGGACUCUUGAAACUCUUCUUAUUUAUUGCAAGAACAAAACAAUGCAGUUAGAGAACAUCCUCCCCAGCGCUAGCAUCAAUUUACCCAAGACAUUUUACAACCUUUCCUCGUCGGACAGUGCCAACAACAGCCCGAGGCCGUCGACGCAGCUUGACUAUCAAGAAGUCGACCGGACGGAAUCAGAGUCUAGCAGCGCUCCUAAGAAAUACCUGAGCGGGGUGGGAAACGGGAUGCUGGGCGAGGGAGAGGGGGACACUUUCACUAAAACCGGGCCCGAUGGGAGGAAAGGCUCCCCGGUGCUCGGUGAGGACGAGUUGACGAGCGGUCGGCGUUACAACAUAGACGAUCUUGGCUCUGACAGAUACUUCAUCUCGUCGUCCCAGGCUAGUUCCGACAUGGCAAGCCCCUGUUCCCUUUUCCCCUAUGCAGGACAGACGGGAUCGGUGUACUCCGGGUCCAGCAGCUCCAGGUACCCGGCUUCACUUCAUUACGGAUCCGUCCUGCCGCCAACAGGCUUCUCCUCUUCGCCCGUGUGCACCGGCCGGAGCCAGUUCAGCAGCGGAGGGUACCAGUUCAGCCAGGGCCCGGGCUGUUUGUACCCCUCUUAUCCCGGCACGGGGACGGGUAUUGGCUCCAUGUCACUGCCGGGGUCUGCUGCCGGAGCCAGAGCGCAGGUCUAUCUGUGCAACCGGCCUCUGUGGCUCAAAUUCCACCGGCACCAGACAGAGAUGAUUAUCACCAAGCAGGGCAGACGGAUGUUCCCAUUCCUCAGUUUCAACAUCACUGGACUCAACCUCACGGCUCAUUACAAUGUCUUUGUAGAAAUUGUUUUGGCUGACCCGAAUCACUGGCGCUUUCAGGGAGGAAAGUGGGUCACUUGUGGAAAAGCAGACAAUAAUAUGCAAGGCAACAAAAUGUAUGUUCAUCCUGAAUCUCCAAACACCGGUGCUCACUGGAUGAGACAAGAAAUCUCCUUCGGCAAGUUGAAGCUGACCAACAAUAAAGGAGCCAACAACAACAACACACAGAUGAUAGUCUUGCAGUCGCUUCAUAAAUACCAACCGCGACUGCACAUUGUGGAGGUGACGGAAGACGGCGUGGAGGACAUGAGCAACGAGGCCAGAACUCAAACCUUCACCUUCCCAGAGAACCAGUUUAUAGCCGUCACAGCCUACCAGAACACAGAUAUCACGCAGCUGAAGAUCGAUCACAACCCAUUUGCAAAGGGCUUCCGGGACAAUUAUGACUCGAUGUACACAGCUCCAGAGAGUGACAGGUUGACUCCGUCCCCUACAGACUCCCCUCGCUCCACCCAAAUUGUGCCUGGGGCCCGUUAUGCCAUGCAGCCUUUCUUUCAGGACCAGUUUGUCAACAACCUGCCUCAGAACCGCUUCUACGCCAGCGAGCGGGCUGUUCCACAAACCAACAGCCUUCUCUCUCCACAGAGUGAGGACGCCAGCGCCGCUGCCUCUGCCCAGCGUUGGUUCGUCCCACCAGUCCAACAGCCGGGCUCCAACAAGCUGGAUCUGUCAUAUGAGAAUGACUAUUCCACCAGUAGCCUGCUGUCCUACGGCAUAAAGCCCCUGUCCCUGCAGACGUCCCACGCCCUCAGCUACUACCCGGACUCGGCCUUCGCCUCCAUGGCAGCAGGCUGGGGCACCAGAAGCUCUUACCAGCGCAAGAUGACCACAGGCCUGCCCUGGUCGCCUCGUCCAAGCCCCCCAGCCUUCCCAGAGGACCAGCUGGGGGUUACUAAAGACAAGCUUCCCGAGGAGAACGCUCCAUCAGCCUCUACCUGGAUCGAGACCUCGCACUCACUGAAAUCGGUGGACUCUACCGAUUCAGGUGUCUACUCUGUGGUGUGUAAGAGGCGCAGAAUGUCCCCUGGGGGCUCGAGCACAGAGAACUCUCCAACCAUCAAGUGUGAGGACUUGACUACGGAAGAGUACAACAAGGACAACCCAAAAGGUGCCAAAGCUUAGUGUUCCCCCAAGCAAGCUGCACAAGGUUAUUUUCCCAGGCCAGCCCCUCUCACAUACCUGAGCAGAAACAUGCAUAGUGAUUGUUGUUUUUGAAAAAAAGCAUGUCCCUUUUUAUUCAUUUGUUUUUACAACUUUUUGGUUUUUUUACAAAUGUGAUUUUUUUCCCCUCCCUGCGUAUUUAAGUCAUUUUUGUUGUACAGUAUUCGUGCACUUUAGAAUGUGAUGUAUCUUGUACAAAUUGUCUUCAUGGAGGUGUUAUUAAAUGGAUAAUAAAACAGCUUUUCACAAGG